AUGUCUAUUCAAUUGAGAGACGGUUUAGCUAAUCAGCUGCUUAAUUUAGUGCUUGAGGACCUUCUUGUAAGGUUUCUUGUAAAUGUCCCAGAUGAAGACUUAUCAUCCAUAGAGCGUGUUUUCUUCCAGGUGGAGGAAGCGCAUUGGUUCUACCUCGACUUUGUUCGCCAGGUGAAUCCAUCGUUGCCCUCCAUGAGAAUGAAAUCAUUUGCUCCCAAAUUAUUGGAGAAAUGUCCCUUAAUUUGGAAAUGGGGUAACCCAUCCGACGCCAUUGCCCGUUUUGGGAAGUACAAGUCCACCAUCCCGGUGCGAGGAAUUGCCCUUUUCAAUAAGGAAUUAACAAAAGUUGUAUUGGUUCAAGGUAUUGAAUCCAGUACUUGGUCCUUCCCUAGAGGGAAAAUCUCUAAAGAUGAGUCAGAUUUGGAUUGUGCCAUUAGAGAAGUUCAAGAAGAAACUGGGUUCAAUGCCACUGGAUUCAUUAAUGAAAAUGAUGUUGUGGAAAGAACAAUCCACGGUAAGAAUUAUAGAAUUUAUCUUGCCAAAAAUGUCCCUGAAGAUUAUAAAUUUGAACCAGUUGCUAGAAAUGAAAUUGCCCAAAUUACUUGGCAUGAAGUAAAGCUGCUCCAGAAAAAAGUCCGUACAAACCCAAACAAUUACUUUAUUUUGAGUGCGGUGAUAAAACCCAUCAUUACAUGGAUUAACAAUAAUAAGGGUGUAUUAAACGAACAAGAACUCAAGGUUGACGCUGAAAUCAAGUUGAAGAAGCUUUUGGGCGUUCUUCAACAAGAAUCCGGUAGUAGUAACGAUGCUGGAAGAGAAUUAUUGAAUCUCUUACAAGGUGUAAAGGGACCAAGUGGACCUGUUGACAUGUCCAUUAGUGAAUCUGGAUCGAUUCAACCAGGUUUGGCUGCUGCCCUUGGUGCCCCAUAUCAACAAAUGCUCCAAUCCAACUUUCCUCAUUUGUUGCAGGGACAAUUUCCAAAUAUGGGGCCAAAUGGUUUCCCCAUUCAACCACCAAUGUUUAUGCCUCCAUUCCCAGUAAACUUCCUUCCUCCACAUCAACAACAACAACAACAACAUCUUAUCUCACCUUCGCAACCUAACCCUCAGAACUUCCAGAAGCCCAAUGGUAUGCGUAAAUCAUCUGAAGCAUCUAAAGAACUCCUUUCAAUCUUGAAUAUGGGUCCAAAGAAAUCCUCCGCAUCUUCUAAUCAAACCCCAACGCAAGAUGUGGUUAAAAAUAGAUCUAAAGCUCAACAGUUGUUGAGUUUGGUCAAUAAGAACGUCAAUAAUAAAGAGGAAGAGAAGCCUAAACCAAAGAUUCAAAUUUUACGUAGACUAGAACAAGCUGAAGUUACACCAUCGCCUGCUAUUGCUGAAGCUAUUCCUGAAUCACAAACAUCAGAUGAAAAGGAAUCCAGUGCAGAAUAUUUCGAUUCAUUCCAAGCUUCAAAUGAAUUGGAAGAGUCAAUUAACUCAGCAAGCGGCCCAGAACCGGGAAAGAAGAUUACAAUUUUGAAGAGACCUUCAAAAGAAAACAAGAGUGCAUCGGCCGAAAUAUUGCUGAUUCUCGAAAAGCCUACCCCAAACAAAGCUUCUGCAGAUCUUUUAAGUGUCUUAAAAGGUUCACCUUCUAGUAAAACUCCAGAAGUGGAAAAGCCUGUUGUUGAAGAGUCUACUGUUAAAUCUAAAGAACAUACACCUGUGAUUCCAAAGUCGACCGAAAAUGUAAAUCCAUCUUCAGAGCUUUUGGGUUUACUUCGUAGAAAGCCUGAGCCUGAAGUUGAAGUGGCUCGUAUAGUUGAUGCUACUGAACCAGAAGUUAAGUCAGAGGUUGUAUCUGAAGUUGAACCAGAGCAAGAAGUUGAAUCUGAAUCCGAAGAUAACUUUGAAGAUUUUGAAGAUUUUGAACAAUUUGAUCACUAUCAAGACAAUAUUGAAUUUGAAAAAUCCAACAGUCAAGACUUCUUCGAUAUUGAAAGUGAAGAAGAGUUGGAACAUAUUGAAGACCUGCCUGUUCAACAACCGGUACAUGUUCGUGAAAAGGCUAAGCUGCCAGUUCAACAAAAACAAGAGCCAGUUCAACAACCAGUUCAGCAACCAGUUCAGCAACCAGUUCAGCAACUAGUUCAGCAACCAGUUCAGCAACCAGUUCAGCAACAACAUGUUCAACAACCAGUUCAGCAACAACACGUUCAACAACCAGUUCAGCAACAACAUGUUCAACAACCAGUUCAGCAACAACACGUUCAACAACCAGUUCAGCAACAACCAGCUCAACAACAACCUGGAUCAUACCAACUUCUCAAACCAGGAGAUUCCUUGAUGGAUUUCUUUGGUAAGAACUCGACAGUUAACCUGUCAGCUCUGAAUUUCGAUAAUAGUAAAGGAUUUUUAGAUCUUUUAAAUAAACCAAAAGCUUCUAAUCAACAUGACCAAGGAGGUGCACCACAAUACCAGUCUAUGUUUGGUUUGCCCAAUCAAAGCUCCCAAUCUCCAUCGCUCAACGGACAAUCCCCGUCUUUCAAUGGGCAAUCACUUGCAUUCAAUGGGCAAUCACCUGCAUUCAAUGGGCAACAUCCUUCAUUCAAUGGACAAUCACCCUCUUAUAACGGCCAACAUUCAUAUAAUGGACAACCUUCAUUCAAUGGACAACCUUCAUUCAAUGGACAACCUUCAUUCAAUGGCCACCAGUCUUUUAAUGGACAACCACCUUACGCAAAUGGACAGGCUCCUUUUAAUCCAUCGUUCCACCAAUCUUUCCCUAAUGGAAAUAUUAUUCCAAAUCAACAUGAGAAUCAACCCCAAAUUCCAAAUCAAUCUGCUUCUCAGAACCUUUUAAGUUUGUUAGGUAAGAAACCUCCCACAGGACAAAUGGGAUCAAAGGAAACAAGGGCACAACAACCUAACCCUAUGCUGCUUGAAGAAUUAGAAAGAACUCAGGUUCAUCCAGGAUUCCAAAAUGGGAUCAAUUUUCAAAACAUGAAUCAACCCAACCAUGCUGCGCAUGCAAACUUCCCAAUGUCACAAAAUAAUAACCAACAAGGAGGAACUAGUUCAGCAAGAGAUUUGCUCAACAUUCUCAAGGGUGAUAGUCGUGUAAGUAAUGAUUCAUCUUCCAGUUUCCACUCUGCUGCAUCCGGAUUCUAA